AUGGAGUGGUACGAGACGGUGACGGAGUUGCAGGAGACGGUGACGGACAACGCCGUGCUCCUGGUCCUCGCCCUCGGCGCCGCAGCGCUACUGCUCGCCUUGGCCGUGGCCGGCAACCGGAGCGAGGUGGUGCUGGUGCCGGUGGUGCUGGUGGUGAUCAUGUUCCUCAUCCAGAACAUCGUGCUCACCGCUCUCCUGCUUCUGGUGGUGGUCUACUUUGCUGGCAUAUACUACUACCGGCCAGACAGAGGGUACGGCUACGGCUAUGGGUACGGGUACGGCGGUGGUUUCGGCGGCGACUCGAGCGGCGGAGGGGGCGCCGGGCUGGGGUUCUUCAUGCUGCUGCUGCUGUGCCUGGUGCUGUGCGCCAUGUUCUCCGACGGCGGCAGCGGCUGGUGGAUCCCAGGUGUGCUGCUGGUUGCGUGCGUGCUCUGCCUCAAUCUCUUCUCCGGCGGCAAAGUCUGGGGAUAUGGAUACCCCUGA